AUGGCACGAGUCGAGUAUGAUUAUGAUGAAUCCGCUGAGACGUGGCCAUAUUUUGUCAUCACAUUACUGGCUGUGGUUUUGGUCCCAACUACCAUAUCGUAUGUGAGCAAGAUUUGGUCUAGAAGUUCCUCUGGUCGGAAGGCACAAGUCAAAAAAUAUGCAACUUCUUUUAAAGCCUCCAAUCACGACCAGGUUUCGCAAUUGACGGGGUCAAAGGGCUCUGGGAACUAUUUCUUGUUUAGUGACAAGACGCUGGUGUUUCUGAUCGUUGGAUGGUCUCUGUUCCUGUAUGUUGGAUAUGUAAUUCAUACCACUGAAUUAGUGGCUGACGCUAACGUUUUUGACCCUUGGGAAAUCCUUAAUAUUGACUCAAGCGCUACCGAAAAACAGAUCAAAUCCGUUUACAGAAAGUUGUCGUUAAAGUUCCAUCCUGAUAAGUUGGGAUCCUUGAGUGACGAGGAGAAAGAAGACGUAGAAACCAAGUUUGUGUUGAUCAAUAAGGCUUACAAAGCCCUUACAGAUGAAAUCACCAAGGAGAACUUUCUCAAGUACGGUCAUCCCGAUGGUCCACAGAGUGUGACCCAUGGAAUUGCUUUACCAAAGUUUUUGGUCGAUGGUAAACUUGCUUCUCCAGUGUUGGUUGUCAUUUACAUUUCCAUGAUCGCUAUUGCCUUACCGUUCGUAGUUGCCAAGUGGUGGGAUAAUGUUAGAUCGCAUACUAGGCAUGGUCUGCACAUCAAGACUGCUGCUGCUUUUUCAUCCUAUAUUAUCAACAACAACCCUGCUAAGUUGAUCAACACCGAAACGAUCAUCGAACUCAUAAGUAAAGCCGAGGAGCUUAAGUCUGCUACGAACCUUUCAUCCGAAGAAAUAGAAGAACUGCUGUUGGCACAGUUGAACAGGGUAUUUUUUGACUCCAAGAAGGAACUCCAGAAGCUGAAAGUUGUUUCUUUAGUUCCGAAGCUAAUAAAUGGGCUGGUCGAUAUUGCUGCCACUUUCAGGAACAGUGAAUUGUGUGUCAAAGCUAUUGAGGCCCAAAGAUAUUUGAUUCAGGCUGUCAAUCCUACUGGCUGCUCAGAUAUUGAACAACUGUUGCAGCUUCCGUUUGUAGAGAAGAAAGAACAAGUUAGUAAGAAGAUACCUGUACACACAUUAGGGAAGCUCACCACGAUUUCUGAUGGUGAAAUUGCUGACUUGGUAGGCAUUGACAAGAAGAAUGCAGCAGAAGUAAGAUCUGUUGCUUCAUCCAUCCCAGUGAUCAAAGUAUUGAAAGCUGAAUUCAAAAUUCCCGGUGAGUCUGUUGUGACCCCACAAUCGAAUGCCCAUAUUGUUGUCAAGCUUCUGAUCAAGUCUCCAGCUCAAAAGGGACAAGCUAAAGUAGAUGAUGAAAAACUGGAAGAGAAAGAAACAUUCGAAUCUCUUAGAGAUCCUUUUAGCAUCGUUCAGGAUCAACCAGUACUUGCAUGUUUACCAGAAUCCCCUUACUUCCCAGUGACUGUUGAGAAUUCUGAAUAUGUCAAUGGAUGGGCGGUCUUACUGACGGUUCAAAGAGAUGGUAAAUUGGCUGAUUCUGUAGACUUGCUUACAAGAGGCAGCCUUUCUAAUUUAGAACUUUCCCAGAAAGCCUACUCUGAUGGUGAAGAAGUACAAGUUACUACUUACAAAUUGAAACUCAAUUCACCUACACCUCCUACGCCAGGUGACUACCACUUCAAACUGUCAUUCAAAUCUCUUAGUUACUUGGGUUCUGAUCUGGAUAUUCCCCUUGUAAUGAAGGUUCAAGAGCCACCAAAGGUGGAAGAUGCUGGUGUCUACGACAUUGAAGACCCAGAGGAAGAUUCUAUUGCUGGAGCUAUGGCCACCUUAAGAGGAGAAAAGGUCAAGACAGCUGAUGAUGACGAUGAUGACAGUGCCAGUGACGAGGAAGAUCUGGAAAUAGAGAGUGAUUUCACAGAUAUAAAUACUGAUACGGAAGAUGAGGGUGAAGAUAAAUAG